GGUGAACGGUUUGGACGUCUGCCAAGUGCGCUGAAGUGAUCGGAUACGAUAGCAGAACAGCAAAGAAGUUGAAGAAGAAGAGUGAUAAAAGGAUACGCGCGGUACGGAGCAGCAUUUUUGUGCGUGUGUGUAAAUGAGGAGAAAGGUUUUACCUGUCGUAAAUGCGGUGGUAGGAAAGUGAUCCUCACUCAUUUAACAGUACCGAGGUGGAAGCCUGGAAUCAAACCGCGCGGGUCGUGCAUAAAGUGAGGAAGAAAUUGGAUCAAGUGCAACUUUGUCUGGUGUUGUGUCAACAAGGUUUGUGGCGUGGAUUGCUGCUGCAUAGGGAUUUACGGGAAAAAAUGCACAACCGGUACCAGGAGCGCAGACCGUGCUGAGGCAAAAUGAAAAGUUUGUAAACAAGUGAAAAUUCGGAAUACAUAUCAGCGGGUUUGAGAUCUGUGUUGAAGAGAACCAGGUGGGAAGCCAAAAUUGGAAAGAAAAGAGCCGAUAAUUAAAGAAUAACUGAAGUGAUUAGAAGCGUUGUGAUUGAGUGAGGAGAAUUUAAGGAAAGAGGAAACGUGCAAGUUGGAGAAUAAGUGCGAAUCGGAUGCUUUUGAAUGUACCAUUUCGGAAGAUAAAAAGAGGAACGAACGAGUGCCGUGGAAUAUGUGAUGCCGGAAUUGGCGAAAUCUAGACAAGGGAUUUAAACAAUUGUAAUCCGAGAAAGAUAUAGAAGUAAUCGCCAUACCCGAGAUACAAUGAUUGCAUAACUUGUGAGCGAAACGAUUUCGAAAAGAAAACAACAAAUCCGGAGGAAAGGAUCGAACAAAGGUUGACCGAAGAGGAAAAGUGAAGAACACUAAAUUUGUUAUUGUGAACCUAACCGCAAGAAAAAAAUCGAAACGACGGAAAGGAAUUGUGUACAGGAAUAAAAAAAAUCAAACAAAACUAAAUCGGUUCGUGCUGACGUGAAAUUCUGCGGUCGUUCAUUUUUUCUUCGAGUUUCUCGAAUCAAAGGUCAAACACGCGAAGGUCCUAUUAUAUCCGUCCAUCGAGAUGGAUACCGAAACGUGCUACGGUGGAGGUGACAUUGCCGGUGCCAUCUUCGGGACUUUAUUUGCGGUGGUGCUGCUUGCCGUGCUCGCCUGGUGGCUCUUCAGAAAGGGGUACAUACUGAAACAAAAAGAAUCUCAACUUGUCCCAGAAGACCUCGAGAGCAAGAAAGAUGAAUACGCGUUCGAUAAUCCGGCAUUCAAAACGGGCGAAGGAAACGGCGGUAGUGGCGGCAUCGCCAAAGCCAACUCUCCAUUGGAUCCCAGCUGGACCUCAUCUGCUAAGCAGAACAGCCUCGACAAGCGGAAAACUGUGGAUGAUAGUUGCAUUAACAGCACCACACCGCGGCUAGUGUCCUUGCGCGGGUCAGACUUCACCGGUCUGGGAGUGGAAGUGUACGGUGGCCUCAAGGAGGGCAUUUUCGUGAAGAAAGUCAUGCCCCAGGGCCCAGCAGCUGGUUUCGUAAACACAGGUGACAGAAUUACCAGCAUCACCAUAGAUUUCCGUCACAUUGCCCUGGAGGAUGCAAUGACAAUCCUCAGCUAUGCCUCCCCGUACAAUGUGCAGCUAGAGCUGGUAAGUGGCGAGAAAAAUCCACAGACACAGAGCCCCAAACCAGGACAUCAGCCUCUUUCUCAUCCACUGGUACGAUCUAGUAGUCAGUCAGAUAUGAACACGAUUGAACGUAACUCCCGCAAAAAACUUUUCCCCGGAGAGGAUGCCAGCUCUUCGCUCAAAAUGGAACAGCAUUCUGGUCCACCCAGUCUGAACAAGGUGCUACCAACCGUGCAUAAGGAAAACGAAAAGGAACCGAAGAAGCACUCCUUCAAGCAGCAGAUGAAGGAGAUGAUCGAGGAAAAGUUUCAAUCGCGCCACGCCGACGUUGAGCGCAAGGACUCGAGCGUAGAAGGCAAGAAGGGGCACAAAUUCGGCAUCCGGGUCUUCCCUCCAUCAAUGAAUGAUAAACUAUUCGGUAGAAGUCCAACCAAAAUUCAGGCGGACAAUGAAAACAACAGCAACAUCGAGAAGAAAGAAUCCGAACAGAAGAAAGAGAAAUCCCCUUCUCCUCCGGUUGUGAAGAAACGAACCAAGGAACCAAAAAUCAUUCCCGAUGUGGUAGUAAUCGAAACUGCGAUGGUCGACACGUCCACCAAGCCUAGUGAAUUUGAACGUCAGAAUAGUUUGACCUCCAGUGGAAUCAAGCGUGAUGCAGCUGGAAUUCCGCAGGAAAUGCCCGGAUUCAUGAUGCAAGCUGCAAAUGCUGCGAAGGACAAUCGUAAGUCGAUAAGUGUCGAUGCUGAUAACAAACGAAAGGGAAAGGCUCCCAGACCACCACAGAAUGAAUCGGAGAUGGACGACAGCACUGUUACCACGUACACUAAUCUGAGCAUAGACGUUACCGAUGCGGCAACAAACGGCAACCGAAUGAUGAAUGGAACAUUGGAAAUUGUUUCCGAAGGAGAAACUGAAGAUAUCAAAUUUAAGGCCAGUGAUCGUAUGAAUUUUUCGGAUAACUUUGCUGAAGAGGUGCUGAAUUGUACCAUCGAAAGUAUUUCCGGAAUGGAUAAGUUUGAGGAGGAGGGACCAAGCAACAGCUCAACGCCGAAGAGCGAACGCAAGAAAAGUUCCCGGACGGAGAGCAUGACGCAUGAUGACCAUGAUUCUGACGUCGAACAAACCCCUUCGAGCAACAAAAUCGAGCUAGAUUCCAGUGACAUCACUGUACAUCAGAGUUCUCCGAGUCCGACUAGCAGCGAGGAGUUGAUGGAAGACAGUAACCGACGAACGGCAAGCCUUGGUGAUUUGUCUAAAUUGGAAACCCAGAAGUCAAACCCCGGCAGUAACAGCAACACGCUGGAACGGGCUCAAAGCUUGGAAAUAACAGGAGAUGCGGUUACAGUCGUCGGAAAUGGAGCCGUAGUGGUUGGCACCACAUCAACGGGGAACAAAAAACGUAAAUCAUCCGUUGAAGGACAAGUUCCGGUAGAACCUAAGGAACCCAAACUGACGGUGACCGGCGUUAUGGAUGGACUGAACUCAUUGCAAAGGCUUAAGGGGGCUUCCGCUUGGGGUAACCUAGAGGAUGCCAUAAAUUCCGGAGAGUUGUUGAACAGCUCUUCGGAAUGUGAAUUGAAGAUAUCGACAGAAGAUUUGUCCGAGAAAGGUGUCACCGUCGUAAGAAAUUGUUUCGAUCAAGACCCGAUGAUGCAAAUGGUAACUACAGUAGUUCAAAUGGUAAAUGGCGCAACCAUGAUUAACGGCAAUACCGUGCUACCGAUGGACAUGGAUCAGCAACCACAGCAGAAAGAGGAUCGAAUCGAAAGUGUAACGGUUAUGGAUAAAAUCGCGCCUGCCGUAAUUGUUGCGGAAGAACGCAAGAUCGAGAAGGAUAUCGAAAGGGAACACAUUUCGCUGACCUCCAUCAAUAUGGACUACAAUGGCACAUAUCCAUCUGAGCCUGAUCAUUCCAUGAACAAAACGGACCAUGUAAAGAUUGCCAACUACGACACAAACAUUCCUGAUGACUUGAAGGUAUCGCGAUAUCCAUUUGGAAGCUUGGAACGACCCAAAUCGGAUGUACUGAAGAAACUUCUUGGACAAAAAGAAGAAUUGGAGAAUACACCAUCUGUAUUCAUCUCCGGCGAUAGCGACUCCAAUAAGAUCACGAUUGAAAAUAACUACCACGACGUUGGGGAGCCGAUCAGUUUGACUUUGAUUAACAACACAGAAGUACAUCCUGUAGAAAACGAACUAACCGAGAGCAGCCAAGCUUCGCCAGUGUUUUCCAGCAAUACGAAUGGAAUCAGCAGCAUCAACAUCUCGUCGUUGGAGGUAGAUUUGACCAAGUCACUGAACAGCAAGCCGUUCACCGUUGCCCCCAAAUUUUCCCUCGAUAAUAUCGUCACUAUUUCGACCGAAUCUUCCCAACCGUCAUCCAUAAUUUUGAUAGACGACGAAAAGCUAGAUUUCAGUCUUCAGACUCUAGACGAUUUCGAAGAUAGUAUUGAAAACACGAAUACGACAGUACCUCAUAACAAUUUCGCCUCCGAGAUGAAUAAAACGAUCAUUGAAACGUGCCAAUCUGUCCCGGAGAAAGCAAUCGUCCCAAACAGUUUUGUCACUGAAAUUACUGUAAAGACACCCGAGUCAGAACAAAAUGGAAAGCUGGAAGAAGCCCCGAAAGUGACAAAGAAACCACCAAAACCAGAAAAACCGACAACUCCACCUUCCCGAAUCCCGGUUGAACGACGAAUGUCAAGCGAACAUAGCUACAUCCCACGCAAUACCGAAAUCAAGUUUACCACCUCAACCUACGACUCAGGCAAAAGUCAUGAAAAACGCCCACUAGGAAUCGAUCAAAUCCGGUCCAAUUUCGAACGAAGUAACUCCAAGCCAGACGUUCGCUCGUUUGAGCGCAGCAACUCAAAGACUGACGUUCGCCCAUUCGAACGCAGCAACUCGAAACCGGAUGUGCGUCCCUUCGAACGCAGCAAUUCCAAGCCCGACGUUCGUCCCUUCGAGCGCAGCAAUUCCAAGCCCGACGUUCGUCCCUUCGAGCGCAGCAAUUCCAAGCCCGACGUUCGUCCCUUCGAACGCAGCAAUUCCAAAACCGACGUCCGUUCCGUGUUGGAACGCAGCAAUUCCAAAACCGAAAUCCCAGUCCUGAUACGACGAACUUCGAUCCCCUCGAUUAACCUUCACAGCUCGAGCUUAGUCAACUCCAGCCCGCAGGCGACUACGAACGGCAAUGGUAACGGAAACGGCACCAAAGCGAGUCCAUCGCGCAUCCCAGUGUUCAAUUCUACCAGUAAACUGAACAAUGGUCACGACAGUCCCCGAUCACCUCCACCGUUCGCACACAAUAAUAACAAUAACAAUGGAAGCUUCAACAAUAAUCACAUUAGCAAUAAGGUUUCCGUUAGCAUUACCUCAAUCAAGAACCAAUCGAAACAUCCAAGCGGCAAGUUCACCGGUAACUAAGCGGUUACUCACGCUUGCUGUACUCUACGGUUGCGACUAACCAGUUUGUUAUUUCAUUUCUUAUGGUGCAAUUGAGAAUGUAUGUGUCUGAGAUUUCUGUGGGACUACGAUUAAGUAUCGACGCGUAAGCAUAUUUUUUUGAAUUUAAUUCAAAGUAACCGUGAAAGCUGUACGCACACGAGGCGACAGGACAGACGCUACAAAAAAUAUUCACUAUGGAUUUUGUUCUACCUAUUCCAACGAUAUUUCUGUUAUCGCGUAGAAAUAGCUGAACAAAAUGCAUAGUGAAUAUUUUGUGUAGCGUGUGUCCUGUCGCCUCGUGUGCGUGCAGCUGAAGUAACACCAAGAUCACUACGUAGAACAAUCACGCGAGGGAAUUAUAUUUAGGAUACUGCGGACUGUUGAACUGCACGAAUUUACGGCAUGUCUUCCAUGAAUACCAGAUACUUUCUUAAGCUUGUUGGAGUGGUGUUGCAAAGCAAACAUGUGUAGGUUUUUGUACCCGUCAAUAAUUUGGCAGUCUGAAGACCCAUUUAGUACACUGAUUAACUUUACCCGCAGUGUCCACCAAUUGUAUCUAUUCUUUAGGAUUUAAGCGCAAGCAGGAAUGUAAAUGUGUUAUAACCAGAAAUUAUUUCGAGUAACCGAAUCGCUAGGAACAGCGGAAAUGUUUGGCCAUAUUUACUUCGUAUACACUUUUUAUAUGUGCAUGUAAAAAUAAAUUUAUUGAAACGUGUUGCACCACCAGUUGCAGAAAGCGUAUCUAGUUGUAAGCUAACGAACGCAGCAGUUUAAAUGUUUGUUUGGCCUGGUAAUUAAUUUUUAACGGUGAAGAACAAUCAACUGUACCAUCUUUUCAUACAAAAAACGAUAAUCUCUGAAAAGAGCUCCGCCCACAUGACAAACAAUAAAGAAUUUAUGAGAAGCAAUAAUUCAGUAACCUAAAAAAUCAAGAUUUAAACCAUGUUGUAGGCUAACAUUAUUUUAUUUUUUAUAUUUUAGUAAUAAAACCAUUAAUUCUUA